UGGUUUGAUUUGAGAGACAAAUAAUAUAAAUAUUUUGAAACAUUUGAUUGAUUGACAAAACAAACACUUUGUGUGACAUUUGACACAACAAUUGUUUUGAUUGAUUUGAGACAUCAUUUCGGGUGUGUUUUGACCAUUGAUUGACCAAACAAUGUGGUCGUCGAGUCAGUACGUGUUGAGUGAUAGGACAUCUAUGUCUGAAUCUCCUCUGCAGUCAAUUGUUCAAUACAUUGAAGACUAUAUGGAUUUGGUUGAGAAUAUACCCAAUGAUAUCGCCCGACAAAUGACUCAAUUGCAUGAACACAACCACAGAUAUCAUCAAUUGUUACAACAUUUGGACACAAAUCUACAUCUCAUCUCAAAUAAGACUACUAAUGAUAUACGAAAACGCAAAUCACUUAUUAAACUUCAAAGAUGUUUAAUUGAUAUACAAGAGAUCGCCGACGAAAAACUAUUACUUAUUCAAUCAAUUUUAGAUCAAUUGGAUUGUAAGGCUCGGCAACUGGACUACGAUUUCCGAUCGGUCACACUAUACAACUCGCAAACCAAUCAAACAAAUAACUCAAGACUUCAAAUACAAAAUACAAAUGCAUUGCCAGUCACUACCAACUGUUCUUCGGCUCAACGAUCCGACUCAACCAGCAGUUCUUCUAAUGGUAAUAAUAAUAGUAAUAAUACUAAUAAUAAUAAUAAUAAUAACAAUAAUAAUAACACCAACAACAACAACAACAACACUAAUAAUUCAAGUAAUGAUUCGCAAACAAAAGACAUGCCUAAUGGCAACUCUAAUGGUCAUCAAAAUGAUAAUUCAUCGGCGAGUAAGAGGGCGUCGGCUCGACGUAACAAUAAUUCUCGUAAUAAUCACGACAAAGAUAACGACGAUCGGUCAGCGAAACGAUCGGUCAAACGAGGAAUGAAAGUGACCAACAAAGACAUGAAACGCAGCAGAAAUUCAUUAAACAGCUCAAGUAGUUCACUAUUAAUGGGCGACAGUUCGCCACCUCUUUAUGAGGGCGCGCCCAUAGAUCCCGACGAACCGACAUAUUGUCUCUGCGAUCAGGUCUCGUUCGGUGAAAUGAUUUGUUGUGAUAACAGCGACUGUAAGAUUGAAUGGUUUCACUUUCAAUGCGUUUCAUUAAAUACUAAACCAAAAGGCAAAUGGUUUUGUCCCAAUUGUCGCGGAGAUCGGUCUAACAUUCAGAAAAAGUAACCAUUGAUUGAUUAUACACAACAUCUAUAACAUCACAUUAUCUGAUUAUUAUCGUUAUAAUUUAAAAUAGCAUAUAAUUUUAAUUAUCAUUUGCUUUAGUGGUAAUAAUUUUAUUACAUUUUGCAUAUUUAAUGUUUAUGUAUUAAACAUAUACUCACGAGUGUUACAUUUAGAUCUUUUAGCUGAUCUAUUGAUUG